CGCGGGGUUGUUGAGCUGAGAGUUUUGUAAUUGUGGGGUUUCUCUCUCUAUAAAAUGGGAACAGACAAUCAAUCUCUCUGUGUGUCCUUUUUCUCACUCCUCUCUAAUCUCUAAUUUCUUUCUUACUUAUAAUAGAGAGAAAUUUAAUCUAAUUCAUCAUCUUUAUUAUUUUUAUUUUUAUUAGUAGAGUGUCGGUGGUGAUUUCACAGAUCUGAGUGUGAGUGGGAAAAAUGAAGGUAAUAGAGAAGAUCCGGGAGGCAGGGGAAGAAAAAGUGGUGUUCUCGUUCGAGUUCUUCCCUCCCAAAACUGAAGAUGCAGUGGACAACCUGUUCGAGAGGAUGGAGCGUAUGGUGGCUCACAACCCCACAUUCUGCGACAUCACUUGGGGAGCCGGUGGUUCCACCGCCGAUCUCACUCUCGACAUCGCCAACAGGAUGCAGAACAUGAUCUGCGUCGAGUCCAUGAUGCAUCUCACCUGCACCAACAUGCCUGUGGAGAAGAUCGAUCACGCUCUUCAAACCAUCAAGGUUAAUGGUCUCCAGAACGUCCUCGCUCUCCGUGGUGAUCCUCCUAAAGGCCAGGACAAGUUUGUUCAGAUCGAGGGUGGCUUUGCUUGUGCUCUUGAUCUCGUGAAACAUAUCAGAGCCCAAUAUGGUGACUACUUUGGCAUUACCGUUGCUGGUUAUCCAGAGGCACAUCCCGAUGCGAUCGGAGAAAAUGGGUUGGCUACACUCGAAGCUUAUCACAAGGAUCUUGUUUAUCUCAAGCAGAAGGUGGAUGCCGGAGCAGAUGUAAUCAUCACACAAUUGUUUUAUGACACUGACAUUUACCUCAAAUUUGUGAAUGAUUGUCGCCAAAUUGGAAUUACUUGCCCCAUUGUUCCUGGAAUUAUGCCUAUUAAUAACUACAAGGGCUUCAUUCGCAUGACUGGUUUUUGCAAAACUAAGAUACCUGCUGAAAUUAUGGCCGCCUUGGAGCCUAUCAAGGACAAUGAAGAAGCUGUCAAAGCCUAUGGAAUUCAUCUUGGAACUGAAAUGUGCAAGAAGAUUUUAGCUCAUGGGAUUAAGACAGUGCAUCUUUAUACCCUAAACAUGGAGAAGUCAGCAUUAGCUAUAUUAAUGAAUCUUGGUCUGAUUGAAGAGACCAAAAUUUCAAGGUCCCUGCCUUGGAGACGCCCGACUAAUGUUUUCCGUGUGAAGGAAGACGUUCGUCCAAUUUUCUGGGCUAAUCGUCCAAAGAGCUACAUAUCAAGGACUAUAGGCUGGGACCAGUACCCACAUGGGCGGUGGGGUGAUUCUUGCAAUCCAUCAUAUGGAGCAUUAAGUGACUAUCAGUUCAUGCGGCCACGAGCACGUGACAAGAAACUUCUUGAAGAAUGGGCUACACCCUUGACAAAUGUUGAUGAUAUUCAGGAGAAAUUUAAGAAAUACUGCCUUGGAAAAUUGAGAAGCAGUCCAUGGUCAGAGUUAGAUGGGCUUCAGCCAGAGACACGAAUCAUAAAUGAGCAGCUGGGGAAGAUUAAUAUAAAGGGAUUCCUCACUGUCAAUAGCCAACCAGCAGUCAAUGGGGAAAAAUCUGAUUCCCCAUCUGUUGGAUGGGGUGGACCUGGAGGGUAUGUUUAUCAGAAGGCAUAUGUAGAGUUUUUCUGUUCCAGGGAGAAGUUGGAUGCACUUGUUGCCAAAAGCAAGGCUUUCCCAUCUCUAACCUACAUGGCUGUGAACAAAGAAGGGAAUUGGAUAUCCAAUGUCCACCAAACUGCUGUGAAUGCUGUGACAUGGGGAGUCUUCCCUGCAAAGGAGAUAAUCCAACCAACUGUUGUGGAUCCUACCAGCUUUAUGGUGUGGAAGGAUGAGGCCUUUGAAAUCUGGUCAAGGGGGUGGGCUUCCUUGUUCCCAGAGGGUGAUCCAUCCAGAAAACUGCUUGAAGAGGUCCAGAGCAGCUAUUACUUGGUCAGCUUGGUGGAUAACGAUUACAUCCAUGGUGAUCUUUUUGCUGUUUUUGCAGAUUUCUGAGAUGAACUGUGAUCUCGGUCUCUCUUUAAUUCUGGGUUCAAGGUGGUUUAUAUAAUUGUUGUUGGAAUGUGUCAAUUUAUAAUCUUAUUGGUUUGUAUUAAUAAUUCAUUGGGAUUUUGAUAACUCCCCCCUCCUUCAUGAUGCAAAUUUUAUAUUUGGAAUAACAAGUAAUCGCGGUUAGGUAAUAGAA